GCUCUGCCUGAGGGGCACUGUGCUUGCCCAGGGUGCUGGAGGAGGAAACCGGCGGAGCAGCUUCCCCACUCCCAGUUGCGCGUCUGGCGAUGGCGAUGAGAGGUCCUGCUGCGCUCUCCGCCUCGCUCGCUCUCCAUUAGCCGCGCUGAGCGGUGCUGCGCCUUGGCUGGUGCCUCGCUUCUGGCUCGCGGGAUCGGCCCCCCCCCCUACUUUUUCCAGGCACGACCCCCUUCCCCCCGGCCCCUCGGCCUUUUCCCCCUACUCAGCCAUCUCCGAUCCGGGGCGCGCGUUCCCCCCGGCCCGGCUCUCUCUCUCCCUCGGGGGCACCCGCUCCCUAGCCCCGAUCCGGCCCUCCCCAAGGCGCAGCACGGAGUCUCGGCGUCCCAUGGCGCAACCCACAGCCUCGGCCCAGAAGCUGGUGCGGCCCAUCCGCGCAGUGUGCCGCAUCCUGCAAAUCCCGGAGUCCGACCCUUCCAACCUGCGGCCCUAGAGCGCCCCGGACGCCUGGGGGAAAAGAGAGCGCGAGCGCGCUGAACGGAGAGCGGGAGGACGCGUCGUCGUCCGCCGGCCGGCAGGCCCCGAAGCCGGCC